UUAUACACGAUGAGGCAGGCUGCGGGGCUUUAGUUCAGAAUUCGGUUGAGCUGGACUCGGUGCUGCUAGGAGCUGAGGGAAGAUGUUCGGGAGCCUGCUCCGAGACUUUGAGGAAGACCCAUUCUUUUCGGAUCCAUUCCGUGCACACCAAGAACAUGUCAGACAGAUGAUGAGAAGCUUCUCUGAUCCCUUUGGCCGGGAUUCCUUCUUCAGUAUCACAGAUGGCAGAUCUCAUGGCCGCAGAGGGCAGAACUCUUCCCAGGUGGCUCUGAGGGAAGAUCACAGGGCCCCCGAAGUGAAGGAUUCUUUCCAUUCGUUUGACAACAUGAUGGCCAACUUUAGAAACCGAAUGAUUGACAUGCACAAGCAGUUUGAAGGAUUGGCAGACAAUCCAAACGCUCAUUCAUUUAAGUCUUCUUCAGUAAUGACAUAUUCCAAGACUGGAAAUGAGCCAGCAAAGAUUUUCCAAGCUACUAGUCAAACACGUCAAGCUCCCGGUGGUAUUAAGGAAACUAAGAAAUCCGUCCGGGAUUCUACAACCGGAAUGCAAGAAAUGGCUGUCGGCCAUCACAUCAAAGAUCGGGCCCAUAUUGUCAAACAAUUGGAGAACAACAAGACCGGGGAUCGUGAAUUUAACCAAGAGUUUUUAAAUAUGGACGAAUCGGAGGCACCUUCAUUUAACAGUGAAUGGGACAGAGAGAUUUCCAGAUUCAAACCCUAUGAGGAGAAACUAGCCAUAGCUGCUGCUAAGCCCAAACACCACAGUGCUCACUAUUCUACCAAGAUAGGGCUCCCGCAUGUGCCCAGAAGGGAACGGUGCAUCUCUAAAAUGGUUAUCUAGAAGGCAAUUCAAAUCUUUGGCUAAGAACUGAAUCGGAUUAAUAAGAAAUGAUGGUCAUCAAGGAGACACUAAAAAGAAAUUGAGUCAUCCGAGUUGUAAUAGGGUCUGAUAAAUAAAUAAGAUCUGCACUUAUGAUCGGUUCUGCAUUUUAUUUGUAAAGUCUGAUGAAGUCUGCAGGACACUUGUAGUACUUCUCUUACUAGUUUGGUAAACUCAGUAAACCAGUGAUCAUGCACUUUAGCAAACCAAGACCUAUUUCCUUUAUUACCAGUCAUGUGAUAGGAAGCAUUUUAUAUGAAAAAUGAAGCUGAUCCUAUAUUAUUUUUCAAAUUAAAGGUUUCUAUAAUUCUGCAACUUAGUAAAAAUAUACUAAUGGUAAA